CUGAUUGGUUGCUAUGGGCAACUCAACAACUUUUCCUCUGGACAGGUUUUGAUAAAUCUCCCCCAUAGUGCCUGGCCAUACAUUUCCUCUACAAAGAAGGGCUGGACUCUCCUCUCUGAAUAAUAGAGGGGAUUUGGCAUUGCAGAUCUCAGGCUUCACAUUGAACGUACUCUGUAAAUCUUCCGAGAACAUGAAGAAAAGCGCCAUCUUGUGUUGCGUGACCUGCCUUCUUUUAUCUGCAUGCCGGAAAAAUCAAGGUUCCAAGGUAAAGGACAGUCUGUCCUGUGUUAUGCAGUAUUCGGAAGGUAUUGUAACCUGCUCAUGGUCAGAAAGCUGGAAUUCUACACAGUUUGUGAACAUGACUUUAGAGGAAAGAACAACAGGCCCUAUGUGUGAGAAGAUGGAACCAGUGAAGAUUACACCAACUCACCUAACCCGGACAUGUCACAAGAAGGUUACUUGGACCCUUUACAGUGAAAUACAUUUAAUACUUCAACCAGACAGAGAUCUGGAGGCUCGCCUUAAUGUGUCUAACGCAGGAGAUGAAGCUAAACCAAAAGAUUUGGACUGUAAAGUUUCUGCAGAUGGGAUGAUAAAUUGUAACUGGGAGGUGAGGCAAGAAGUAGCCGACUCCGUAGACUUCACUCUGUAUUACCGAAAUGAGGAAGCUUGUCAGCCGAGAUGUUGGCAGAAGAACCCUGGGAUUCCUUCCUACCUUUUCUGUACCUGUAACUUCACAGCCGGAGAUCGUGAUAAUCCUAUUCAGCUUCGCAACAUCAGUGUUAAGCCCACGGAAUCAGAAACAUCUUUAAUAAAGUUUAAAAUUUGCAAAAACAUUAAACUGCAGCCCAGGAACCUCACCAUUGAAGAAAAAACAAAAGGAGAAACUUUUCUCGUCAAGUGGAAAAAUGAGCAAUCAGAAAAACCCGAAUUUAGAUAUCAAUAUGAACUUUGUUACUGGAAGGAGAACGACAUGAAGCCAAAAGAGGCUGCUUCUGACUGCCCAGGUCAUAGAAAAGAACUGUCACAUGCCAACCCCUCCGUCCUCCUCAAAUUGUCAGCGCAGCUUCAACCUAGUAGUAACUACUCUGUGAAGGUUCGAGUGAAGUUGGGGGAGGAAAAUCCAGACCACUGCUACAAGGGGCCCUGGAGUGAAUGGAGCAGCGUGCAAACAUUUCACACCAAGUCAGUCCAAAAUAUGCUUUUGCUGAGCAUUCUGGUUCCGACGGCUGUGGUUGUCCUUGUAAUCUGUGCAGCAUGUGGAUGCAAAGCUUUAAUAAGGUAUAAGAAAAAAUUGGAUGAUAGGAUUCCCAACCCCAGCAAGAGCUCUAUUAUUAAAAGCUUACGGAAAGCGAAGGACAGGUUAGUGAUUCGCUAUCUAACUUUACAGAAUGGAUCAAGUUUCCCUUAUGAAGAACACCUUUAUGUGGAGCCCUGUAACAAAGUAUUCAUGAGGGCACCAUCCUUAAAAGAUACCAACCUCCUUAUAAAAGAUGAGGAGAAGAUAUCCCGGCCAAAUAGCGAACUGCUUCAGGAUGACGACAGCCAGUGUCUAUUUAACAUGGUGAAAGAAGAGUACCCCAUGGCUUCUGUAACAGACGGGUACAAACCAUUUUCAGAACUAAUGGAUGAACAGAACAACAAAGAAAUGGAUGAUUCUCAAUUUACAAUCUGUGCUUUUGAUGGACCUUACUUGUUCUCCUGAGAGUAAUGAGAGUCCUGAUAAAAAAACAUUUGGACUGACAGGUCAUUUGUGAAGGACUUCAUAAUCGGAAGCAACAUUGGAUUGAACAUAAUGUAAAUAAUAGACUGAGUAACUCUCUAAGGCUUUGUAAGAGGGAUAUUACCCCAAAAAGGCCCUGUACAGAAACAUGUAUCGAAAAUUGACUGUGACUCAUGAAGACUUUACCUACAGAACUUCUCAUUCUACCUCUCAUACAGUCAUAAAGACUUUAUAUUGGCUGUUCCAUCAUCUUACCAUGGAUUGUUAGGAUUUAUUUCCCACAAUUGUCAAGCUGUUGGAUGUUCUAACUUUAUGCUACUCAGGGAAUGGCCAGCUACCUAAGUAAGAGUUAGUUAGCAACAGGACUACUGUCAACAUCAGGCAAACCUUGGCGUAUGAUAGUUACCAUUAAAGGAGAACUCCAGUAUUGAAAAACGUAUCCCCUAUCCUCAGUUAGGAGUGCGUGUUGUCUUCCAGUAAAUGGUACGCGUUCAAUUCAUUUCUAUGGUAGUGCCGAUCAGGAUAGCACCAGGGCCCAUUCAGGAAAUUGUGGGGGUCCCAGCGGUCAGACCCCCCAUGAUCAGUUACCUAUUCCCUAUCCUGUAGAUAGGGAAUAAGCACAUUUUUUAUGGAUAUCUCCUUUAAGGGCUUAUCAUAUUUCGACUAAGUAUGUGCUACACUUGUCAAGUUUAGGAUGGGGUGGGCAGGAGGCCAAUGAAGACUUCAUCACUCAAGGACCAACGUGGGGCUGGAGAUUAUGCAGUAAGAGGUGUCCCAUAUAUGAUUGGGCAUUUUGAAGUACCAACAUCUAAAUGCAACCAUACCGUUUUUUUUGUUUUUUUUAAAAUCUUUUACACCAUAAUGGCAGAAAGGAUUGCUAAAUGUUCACCGACAUUUAGUGGCAACAAGUGAUGAGCAUAUCGAUUGAGAACUAACCAGAUUCAUUCCCAAUUUUGCCCACUGGCCCCUCAUCCCCAAAUAUGGGGAGAGACCUUGAAUGGCAUCUUACUCAUUGGCCUUGGGGACAAUUUAGUGACUAGGCUAGAGUGAUGAAGGUUUUUCCUUUGUAGUAAGUAUUCACUGAUCAGGAGGCAUACAGCAUAUGCCUUCUGCUCAGUAUAUAGUUUCCAUGGUGCCCUAUUAUAGAGUGCAAAAUAAACUAUCUAGAGAGCAGGGACUCCUGUCAUUUUGACAGGAGUCCCUGUUCCUACACAGUAAACAUCAAUGUGCUAUUCUAUUCAUAGCCACUUAACUCCUUACACGUCUAUCCAUUGGCUGGGAGCUCUACACCUGGCCCAGGGAAUGUAGGGCUGAAGCAGAAUUGGUGUGAAAUCUGAUGUAUAUCUCAGGAGGUUUCUUUGUCAUUUGAAUGCAAUUCUGAUUUAGCCCCACUCAGUGCAAAAAUCUAUUUAAUAUAUGUUUCCACACCUGGUCAUGAAGUAUCAAAAAUAUAUAUUUCACCCUAUUACAACAAUCUUUGGCUAGAGUGUUUUAGUUUUUUCUCCGCGACUUCUAAGAGCCAUAACUUUCUUAUUUAUCUGCCGACAGAGCAGCACGACGGCUUACUUAUUUGCAGGACAAUGUUGUACUUCUUAAUGGCACCACAACUUUCCCCACGUGAUGAUGUGAUAGUACGUCCAAUUUUCAAAUAGAUUUUAAGAGGACUUGUCUGCAUCUUUGAAAAAAAAAAAAUUCUGGAAAAUAUUUUCCAAAAACUGUGCCAUUCCUCUGCUGUUCCGUCCUGGAAAAGUGUGACUUAAUUGACAACAGGUUAUUACAAUCGGCUUAAAGGAAAACUG